AUGCAGUCCUUCGUCUUCGUCCUUGCCCUCGUGGCCAGCUCUAUGGCCUACGUCCUGCCUCGUCAGAGCGCGACUCUUACUUGCGGCACCGCCAACUUGCAAUGCUGCAAUACCCUCGCCCUGGCUUCCGAGCCACUGAUCGCCAACGCCCUCGGUUUGGAGAACCUCCAGAUCCCCGGCCCGGAUAUCACCGUCGGCUUGAACUGCACCACCCCUCCCAAUGACGGCACCCCAGUUACCGCCCAGUGCAUCGGCAUCCUUUCCUGCUGCACUAGCAUCAACGUCGGUACCAACUCGGAUAUCUCCGAAGACUGCACGAUGACCGGCAUCGGCACCAAGCGCGAUGUUGCUUACGAGAUGCUGUGA